GGUUACAAUACUCUAAUUAUAAAACGUAAUUCUGAUAAAGAGAAACUGUACUUUUCCCUAAUCAUUGAUUCAUUGUGGUAAAUAUAAUUUGAAGAAUUAUAAAAAAUUAUAAAAUUUAUUACAAAAUUUAAAAGUCCUCAUAUGUCGGUCGACAACUCCUUUUCCUAUUUGUUUUCUUUUCACUUUUUAAUAUUUAUUUAUAUAUAAAUACGUAGGUUAUGAUGCCUAGUUUUUCAUCAAACUUCAGAACAGGGGCUUGCACUACCGUCUCUAAGUCACUGCCGUCAGUUCUUUUGUUGCUGUCUGUUGCUGUCCCUAUACUCCUGCCGAUGGAUGACUUUCUUGUAAAGAGACAAGAUAUGUGGAAACGUUCACUAAGAUUUAUCCUCAGGAUGACUUCGGGAGUAGUCUACUCAAUAGUGAUGCAUAUUUUGAUCAUCACAGCAUUCACUUUGCUAACUUUUCAGAUUUUCUAUACAAGGGGCGGCUUUGAUGUCGUCCUGUUUUUCCAUGUCAUAGGCCCCUCUGUCUUAUACCUUGUGUUUGGUUUAUUGGAAAUUGCCGUGAGGGCGUCUUUUAAAGACCAGAUGUGUGUCACAUUCUUCGGGCAUAUCAGCCAUAUGGUGGGAUCUAUGUUUCUCCUCACGUAUAGAGUUCCAUCAAAUCAUAUUGAGGCUUUUGCCUUUUGUUUCCUAGGAAUACCAUUCUUUUUUUGGACUUUUUUCGUUAUGUGUUCAACUUUUAUUCCAGAAUUUUUGGGAGAUGAUUCCUUAAUCCAACCAUUGGUUUAGGAUUUA